AUGGGUGUGCAUACUACCGGUAGUACCGGUACUGGUGGGGAUGGGAGAGUUAUCUUUCUUGCCCUUGGCUAUGUGUUUUAUUUCUUCCAAAAAGCUCUGAAACACCCACUUCAAACUACAGCCGUACGUCUAUCACCAUGUCCAACUCAUCCUCGUCCUCUCAAUGCAACCCCAGCAGCGGCAACCAAGGAACUGAGACUCCAAGCAGUAUCCCUUUGGUGGAGUUGGCUUCACAGAUUGAUUGCUCCUCCAGCUACCAGUACAUGGUCACUCAAGAACCUUGUGAUGUCGAGGGGCAGAGAUCCCGCCUUCAGACAAUUCUUGGGGCAGUUCUUGACUUGUUGGAUGAUGAAGAGGACUGGCUUGUUGACAUGGAUACAGGCGACAGUACGCUGGGAGAUGCUAGAAGACUCCUUACGAUGA